AUGGUGUUUAUUGACACCCGACGCCUGCCAAGUCCUGGGAAUGUGCCAGGCGCCGUGCGCCGGAGCUUGUGGCGUCAAUGCGCCCGCCGUGUCCAUGGAGAGAGGCUGAGGUGGCCGAGCUCCGGCCCGAGGCAUCGGGGCGCCGGGAGGGCGAGGAUGUCGGCUUCGUUAGUCCGAGCCACUGUCCGGGCUGUGAGCAAGAGGAAGUUGCAGCCCACCCGGGCCGCCCUCACCCUGACACCUUCAGCAGUAAACAAGAUAAAACAGCUUCUUAAAGAUAAGCCUGAACACGUUGGUGUGAAAGUUGGUGUCCGAACCAGGGGUUGUAAUGGCCUUUCCUACACUCUGGAAUAUACAAAGACAAAAGGAGACUCUGAUGAAGAAGUUGUUCAAGAUGGAGUCAGAGUGUUCAUCGAGAAGAAAGCACAGCUAACACUUUUAGGAACAGAAAUGGACUAUGUUGAAGACAAAUUAUCCAGUGAGUUUGUGUUCAAUAACCCAAACAUCAAAGGAACAUGUGGCUGUGGAGAAAGCUUUAAUAUUUGACUCCUCAGGACUGCUCGGGCUGUAGGCCCCAGGAGAGCUGUGGAAGCUCUACGGCU